UUCGUCCGUGAAAUAUCCUGAGAUAAUAAUAAUAUAAUAUAUGUUAUCCCUUUGCCUAAAAGAAUCAGUGGAACAGAGUUUUCGGAUUCAUGGACAAGAGAUGGAAGAAGAAACGAUGACGGGAACGGAGGGCGAAGAAAUUGCCGAUUUCUCUUCCCUGCCGGAAGGAGUAAUAGCCAACAUAUUGUCGCUGACGGGGCCAUCGGAUGCGUGCAGGUCGUCGACGGUUUCCCGGGCUUUCCACGCGGCGGCGCAGUCAGAUAUCGUGUGGGACAGAUUCCUGCCUACCGAUUGGUACGAUUUGAUUUGUCGGAGAAAACCUAGUGAUCUGAAUAUUGAUCCGAUUUCGAGUUCGAAGAAGGAGAUCUUUUUCUCCCUUUGCGAUAACCCGCUGCUCACUGAUGACGGGAAGAAGCUUAGCUUUUCAUUGGACAAAUGGAGUGGUAAGAAAUGCAUAAUGCUUGGAGCAAGGGACCUGUCAAUUGUUUGGGGUGAUACCUCUGUCUAUUGGACCUGGGAAUCUCAUCCUGAGUCAAGGUUUGCAGAAGUAGUUGUUAUCCUCAAGGUGUGGUGGCUUGAAAUACGUGGAAAGAUUAGUAGUGGAAUGUUGUCUCCUGCAACCACUUAUGCAGCUUACUUUGUGUUCAGGAUGAGGGAACGUAGAUACUAUGGGUUCAAUAUAGAUCCUGUCGAUGCCAUGGUUGGAAUUGUUGGGAGUGAAUACUGUAUGAAGAGUGUUUGUUUGGACCCGUAUUUGGACGAUCCUCAUCAGCGGCGGCGACGUGUACCACGGGCGGGGAACAAUCUGCCCGAAAACAUGUCAGGGUUGGAGCAGCCAAGGGAGAGAGAUGAUGGUUGGUUUGAAACUGAGUUGGGAGAGUUUCAUAUUGAUGGUGGAGAUGAUGAAGUUGAGAUGAUUCUUAAGGAGGUGAAGUGUAAUGAUUCCAAGAGGGUCCUCGUUGUACAGGGGAUACAGAUUAGGCCUAAAGUCAACUCAACUCUCCAUUUUCAUAGAUAAACUCUUACAAACUUUAUUAAACCCGUGAUGUAACUUUUACCGCCAUAGAAGGAUAGACAUGAACUUUGCCUUGUAUAUAGAGAAGUUAAAGAAACUAUAUAGUAAAUUAUUACAAUCAAAUUGUUGCUAUUUUUAUCUAGUA